GCUUCAGCUCGAACUCCUACCCUCUCGCAUCGCGCCACGUCCCUCCUUCCCCAUUCCUCUCUCUUCUCUCUCUCUCUCUCUGUCUUCUCUCCAGAACUGCCGACUCCGUCUUCUGUCCUCGUCAGUUCCCACCCACCAAUAAGGAAACCCACCGUUCAGGAAAAGGAAGCAGCUUUCCGCACGCAAACCGAAUCCCCAUCGAGAAAGUCGGCCGCUUGCUCGAAGACGUUCGAUGGUUUGACCCGGGAAUCGCUUGGUUUCUCCGUUGGCCGUCUGAAAACUUCGUCGGGUUCCGAUCGUGGCCGGAAAGGCUGGUCCUGUUCUGCAGCCGGGAAGGGGAGAGAGAACAGAAAUGGAUCGUUACGAGAUACUGAAGGAUAUUGGGUCGGGGAAUUUCGGGGUCGCCAAGCUCAUCAAGGACCGUUGGAGCGGUGAGCUUUUCGCUGUUAAGUACAUUGAAAGAGGCCAGAAGAUCGAUCAGCACGUGCAGAGGGAGAUCAUGAACCACCGGUCCCUUAAGCAUCCGAAUAUAAUCAGAUUUAAGGAGGUCUUGCUCACACCAACUCAUCUGGCCAUCGUCAUGGAAUAUGCUGCGGGCGGGGAAUUAUUCGAACGAAUUUGUAAUGCUGGUAGAUUCAGCGAGGAUGAGGCAAGAUUUUUCUAUCAGCAGCUCAUCUCAGGGGUCAGUUACUGCCAUUCAAUGCAAAUUUGCCACAGGGAUCUCAAGCUGGAAAACACUCUGCUUGAUGGGAGCACGGCACCACGCCUUAAAAUAUGUGAUUUCGGCUACUCAAAGUCAUCAGUAUUGCAUUCUCAACCUAAAUCGACAGUGGGGACUCCGGCCUAUAUAGCACCUGAGGUUUUGUCAACAAAAGAAUAUGAUGGGAAGAUUGCAGAUGUUUGGUCUUGUGGGGUUACCUUGUAUGUCAUGCUGGUCGGUGCUUAUCCUUUCGAAGAUCCAGAUGAUCCAAGGAACUUCAGAAAGACAAUUCAGGUUUACUCCAUCAUCCAUUACUCGAUCCCGGAUUACGUGCGUGUCUCUAUUGAAUGUAUACAUCUCUUGUCUCGAAUUUUUGUAGCCAACCCUGAAAAGAGAAUAACGAUGCAUGAGAUUAAAAGGCAUCCAUGGUUCCUGAAGAACUUGCCUGUGGAAUUCAUGGACGAUGGGAAAGGCCUCUUGCAAGUCGAUGGACCAAACGAUCCGAAGCAGAGCGAGGACGAGAUAUUGGCCAUAAUUCAGGAGGCGCGGAUACCGGCAGAGAACCCGAAACUCGGCGGGAUUCUAGUCGGAGGGAGCAUGGAUCUGGAUGACUUGGAAACCGAUGCGGAUAUAGACGAUAUCGAGGCCAGCGGUGACUUCGUCUGCGCGCUGUGACGGCAGUGCGACCUACCAUAUUCACUGACGAUCGGCUCGCGAUAAAAUUUCGUUCUUUUGACGAGUGAGGUAUACAAAUUUAGAUCCUGGGUUGAUGUUUAUAUACACGAUGAAGCUGCUUUGGAAGGGACUGUGUCGUGUGGUACGUACAUUUGGGUUUGGGAAAAGGGAUGAUUUGAUCCAGAUGGUAGGCUGAUGCUGCCUCCUCUUGGCUGUGUAAUUUAUGAAGCUGAAAAGGAGCACACUGACGAGAUUUUCUGUGAAACACUAGGUAGUUUGUCUGUCACAGAUUGAAAAUGGCAGUUACAGUUAAAUGGCGUUGCUCUUUCCAGAAAUCAAUGCGUCUGUCUGAUUACAUACUCGUUUAUCAGCUAUCCUAAUUGUCUACCGAAAGCGGUCGAAUUGGCCUAUUUCUUA